UAAAGAGAGCUCUAGUUCCUUUCCUCCUCUGCCGCCUGCGCUGCCUCAGCCGCCUCCGCGGCCUCCGCCCGCCUCCGCCUCAGUCUCCCACGCCUCCGAACAGGCCGCGGUUACCGGUUUGCGAUUCCCGGGCUUAAACUCUACAGCUCCAGUGUCCCAGUGUCGGUGCUCCUGCGAGAUGACGCUCAAGUCGAGCGAAGGCGAGGGUGGGAAUAGCAUGCGCACCGCGCUCUCGGACCUCUACCUGGAACACUUGCUACAGAAGCGCAACCGACCUGAGGCUGCAUUGAAUCAGUUGAAUGUUGCCACUGAGGACAUGUACACCAAUGGGUCUACUGUUCCAGGUAGCCCUGCCCAUUCUAAAGGGCAAGAGGCAAGGAAAGUACGUCUCAUACAGUUUGAGAAGAUCACAGAGGAGCCCAUGGGAAUUACUUUGAAGCUGAAUGAAAAACAGUCAUGUACUGUGGCCAGAAUUCUCCAUGGUGGCAUGAUUCAUAGACAAGGCUCUCUUCACGUGGGGGAUGAGAUCCUAGAAAUCAAUGGCACAAAUGUGACUAAUCACUCAGUAGACCAGCUGCAGAAGGCAAUGAAGGAAACCAAAGGAAUGAUCUCAUUAAAAGUAAUUCCUAAUCAGCAGAGUCGUCUUCCUGCACUACAGAUGUUCAUGAGAGCACAGUUCGACUAUGAUCCCAAAAAGGACAAUCUUAUCCCUUGUAAGGAGGCAGGACUGAAGUUUGUUACUGGAGACAUUAUCCAGAUUAUCAACAAAGAUGACAGCAACUGGUGGCAGGGGCGGGUGGAAGGCUCUUCCAAGGAGUCUGCAGGAUUGAUCCCUUCUCCUGAGCUGCAGGAAUGGAGAGUGGCAAGUGUGGCUCAGUCUGCUCCAAAUGAAGCUCCAAGCUGCAGUCCCUUUGGGAAGAAGAAGAAGUAUAAAGACAAGUAUCUGGCUAAGCACAGUUCAAUUUUUGACCAGUUGGAUGUUGUUUCCUAUGAGGAAGUUGUCCGACUCCCUGCAUUCAAGAGGAAGACCCUGGUUCUAAUCGGAGCCAGUGGGGUAGGUCGCAGCCAUAUUAAGAAUGCUCUGCUCAGCCAGAAUCCAGAGAAGUUUGUAUACCCUGUCCCAUAUACAACACGGCCACCAAGGAAGAAUGAAGAAGAUGGAAAGGAAUAUCACUUCAUCUCAACAGAGGAAAUGACAAGGAACAUCUCUGCCAACGAGUUCUUGGAGUUUGGCAGCUAUCAGGGCAACAUGUUUGGCACUAAAUUCGAAACAGUGCACCAGAUUCAUAAGCAGGACAAGAUUGCCAUCCUUGACAUUGAGCCCCAGACCCUGAAGAUUGUUCGGACAGCUGAGCUUUCACCUUUCAUUGUGUUCAUCGAACCUACUGAUCAGGGCACUCAGACUGAAGCCCUGCAGCAGCUGCAGAAGGACUCUGAGGCCAUCCGUAGUCAAUAUUCUCACUACUUUGACCUCUCUUUGGUGAAUAAUGGUGUUGAUGAAACUCUUAAGAAAUUGCAAGAAGCCUUUGACCAGGCUUGCAGUUCUCCACAGUGGGUACCUGUCUCCUGGGUUUACUAAGCUUACAGAAUUGGAGAACCUGUUCCAGCCUCUCCCCAGCAUUUGGAAUGCCACCCCUCGCUUAAAUCAAACAAGGCUGCUUCAUCUUCUAGCUAUCUGCAACUAUGCGAAGUAUAUUAGUAGGGCUUAAGUCUUCUCACUCAGGCUACUAAAGGGCUGAAGUUUAAUUUUCCUACUACCUAGAUUUCAAAAUGAUCUCUGGAAAUUGGCAGUGAGUACUAUCCAAUGCAACUGCUGCACAAAGCAACCAUCCUCAUCCCUCUGAUGCCUGAGCUUCUUUUACUCUGGAUUAAGUAUACUCUGAAACUUUCUAAAUUGCCAAAAAUCUAAAGCUGCUCUAGAGAAACCCUCCAAAGCAAUAAAAAAAUCUCUGCUAUGUUAAA